AUGGAGAUUCCCACGGGGGCCCAGGGCCGAGUCUCAAAGGGCCUCCUGCUCUCAGCCACCAUCCUGGCCCUCUGGCUGGCCCCGGGCUCCACCCUCAGCAUCAGGAAGAUCCCGGAGCAUCCUCACAGGAACCAGGACCUCCUGCUGUCUGUCGAGGGCGUCCCGGACACCUUCCAGGAGGUGGCCUGGUACCUGGGGGAGGAGCCGUCGGGCAGCACCCGGCUCUUCUCCUACUUCCCCGACCUGCAGCUCCCGCAGCGCGACGGCAACGCCAUGCAGAAGCGCGACAUCACGGGCUUCCCCAACGGCUCCAUGCUGCUGCGACACGCACAGCCCGAGGACAGCGGCACCUACCGCGUGACCGUCACCAUCAGCCACGCCUGGUCCCUCAAGGCCGAGGCCCAAGUGCAGGUGGCCGAAAAGCAUGAAGAUCCACCUUCCACACACCUGCCCAUGAGCACUGGGCUCCUGGCGGCCAUCAUCGUCGGCUCGCUGGCCCUCGGGGCCCUGGUCCUGGGCAGUUUUGCUUCCCUGCUGAUGACACGAGGCUGCAUGGGCCAGAGCCACAGGAGCACAGACUCAGGGAAAGCGGAGGUGGGCCACAGCCACAGCACUGAUGUUGACAAUGUUUAUGAAGUGAUGCCGUCUCCCACCAUCCUGGUGUCCCCCCUCAGCGACACGAGGUCCCUGAAAUCCACUGUGCCUCUGCCACCGCCGCUGCCCCUCCAGUUCCUGGAGCCACAGAACCAGCACUACCAGGACCUGCUGACCCCCGACCCUGCCCCUUACUGCCAGCUGGUGCCAGCGCCCCCCUGA